AUUACAACCGAAAGCGCGUACACAUAUACACGCACGGGUAUCAUUCCAUGCACUAUUCACGCAUCUCCCCUUACUCAACGUCUAUCAAAACACAUUUUGCGGACGCUCUGCCCUUCACAUCCACGCGUUUAUGGCCACUAGGCUUCUUACCAUGAGCGCUGCGCUCGCGCCGGGACAAGACGAGUUUUUCUCUUUUCUCAAACCAUUAUUAUCCGAAGGCGUUCAAGAGGACUCCUCUCUGUUUACAUUUGAAGCCAAGAAUCCUAAUACGGAAAGGGGCUUGCCAAACGACUACUCUCAGGCUAAAUUAGAGAUGGAUAAAUAUCUAUCCCCACAACAUGUGACUUUCCCAGAGCCAAAAAAGUCACGGCGAGACAGUGCCUCCGUAGUGGACCAGUUUUUCGGGGACGACCAGGGUUCCCCCUACAGCAUUAACAUGAAUGUCUACCUGCCCGACAUUGCUUAUCUAAGAACAGGGCUGUGUCGGUCAGCACGGCCUUCAGUUCCCAGCCAGGUCAAAACUGAACCUGUGGUAGCACCUUUCUCUCAUCCACAGUGCCCUGUGAGCACAAUUGGUCCUGCUCAGCCCACGUUACCAGAUUUCACCAGCAUCUUUAAUACAAAUUCCACUCCAUGCUCUGAAAUCGACACUGUGGAUGACAAUAACGGGCUCUUCAUCAAGCAGGAGAUGCAAGGCUUUGACAUCCCACAGGAUGGGCCUCUUUUCCAGCUCCUUAGCUCAGAGCUUGACGUUCACCAUCAGGCUGUCACAGACUCUCACUCCCACAUUCACACUCACUCCAUGCCCUCACAGAUGCCUACUUUCCAUGACCUUCACUUAGAGUCUCAACAGACUGCUGCUAAAGCAUAUUGUGGCAUGCCCACAGCCGGGUACCCUCUUGGUCACUUCGUCCACCCCCAGGGUCAGCCCCACUCGCAGGUCAAAAUGCCCUACCUUCCCCCUUCACCUCCCAGUUCGGAACCAGGCAGUCCAGAUAGACAGAAGGAACUGCUUCACAACCUGACACCACCACCAUCUUACGCCGCCAGUAUUGCCUCCAAAAUGGCUGUUCAUGCACCCAGUCACCCAACCCCCACCUUAACGCGAGCUCCCGCAACCACUGGGUCCAUGCCUGUCCGCUACAACCGAAGGACAAACCCGGACCUCGAGAAGAGAAGGAUACACCACUGUGAUUUUCCAGGUUGUAAGAAAGUUUACACCAAGUCAUCCCACCUGAAAGCUCACUUAAGGACACACACUGGUGAGAAGCCGUACAGGUGCACGUGGGAGGGCUGUGACUGGCGGUUUGCUCGUUCUGAUGAACUGACGCGGCACUUCAGGAAGCACACGGGAGCCAAACCCUUCCAGUGUGCCGUGUGUAGCCGAAGCUUCUCUCGCUCCGAUCAUCUCGCACUGCAUAUGAAGAGGCACCAGAAUUAGACACGAAAACACACACACAUACUUAUUAUUAUGCACUUGAAAUGUUAAUAGAACAACAUAUUUCUUUCCCUACGCCAUGACGUCCCUUUUAAUGUUUAGGGUAAAAACUUCUCUCUUUGACUCGUCGAUACUGUUUAAACAAGCUAUCGACUAUACAGUAUACUGGCAAAACUUUUGCUAUUACCUUGAAAUUCAAUUUCUUGUUGUUCAGUAUCUUCAGAUAUCAUAAUCUCCACUUCCCUCCUUACAAAUGGUCUUUAGGAUGUAUAGAUCAACGUUUCUCUAAGACACUCCUUUCAUUUUGCCAUUCUCUUGAAUGUAAAUAAGUUGUCUUGUACAUGAGAUGGCCUUGAUGCAUCACACUCAGCCUCUGAUUUAAAAAAGACUUCCAUGGAAGAUGAAAAUGCACAGUUACAUUUGUUAUUUAAUGAAACUAAAAUAUACAAGAUUUGUUCAAUCUUGUACAUCUGCAAAGCACUAAGCCACAGCUCCCUUUUUUACUUUGCACUUGAAUUAGACUGGAAAAAGAUAAAUAUAUAUGAAUAAAAAACCUUUCUUUUAUAUCACUGGAAUAGUUACUGCUCAUACAGGACCUUCAAGUACAUAACUUAUACUGCGAUUCCCUCUUCAGGCAGUUUCAGUUGCUGAAGUAUUUAUAGCUUUGGAUGAUAAUGUGCUGCUACUGAACAGCAAUUCUUUCAUUAAUUAUUAAACGAUGGUAUAGAAAAGCAAUGAGAAGUGGAAAAGGGCUUUAGACAGCUGUGUGAUUUCGACAGUCUUCUUACACAGAAGCAUUUGUUUUUCUUAUUGUCAUUGAUGCAUAAGCUCAUAUGAAUGUACGAGACCACAGUGACUGUUUUUUUGAAGUUAUGCCUUUGGAACACAUUUCAUCUUAAAGUGCCUUUUGGAUGUUUGUUUUUAUCAGCAGUGCAUGCUAAAAUUACACUGUUCUUGUUAAUACAGAGACGGGUGGUAAAAAAUUCAGCAGGUUACCAUAAUUUCACUAAGAGAGCAAUUCGGCUGUCUUUCAUAAGUUUAAGAGAAGGUUAAAGUAGCAACCAUUUGUUCUUGUAAAAUCGAUGUAUUUAUUGCAUUGGCUUUGUAAAACAGAAUUUGACAAGUUUUGUGUAAUUGAAAUCCCUUAAUGUAAAUACUAUGUCAUUUAAUUGUAAAUAUAAUUUGUUUUUUUUUUUUUUUUUUUUUUGGAAAA